AUGGUGCAGUCAGGACAGACCCACUACCACCUUCCCCUGUCCCCUGUGUCCCAGCAGCCCCCCCUGCCUCAAUUUCCCUACCUGGGCUAUGGGAAACAGCCUGUCUGUGCCUUGCAGCCAGGCCUCCCCAGCAGGACAGCGGGAGGUGCCCCCGCCUGCAGACUGUCCCCUCCAGCUCCCUGCUGCCACCUCUUUGACCUGGCUCCAGACACAUCACCCCUCCCAGGCAGGGCCAUCCACCACAGUUUUCCACCCCUUUCCUACAGCCAUCGUUCUGGGAGUGGUGGCCGUCUCCCUCCUCCUCCUGGCUGCAGCCACCUACUGUGCUGUGAAGAAAGGACCUGGUGGCCGGUGUCAACGUCUUCGCUCCGUGGUGGCCGAGCCUCCUCCUCCUCCUCCUCCUCCUGGGGUGACACUGUCCCGGUGUCUCUCCGCCACGCAGCGCUCCCCCCGGCGCCUCGCUCGCUGCAGCAGAUGGUGGAGCGUAAUGGGGCUGCUCGCGAGGCGCCGUGCGAUUUGUCACAGGCCUCGUUCCCUGAUAACGGGCAUUUGUCAUCACUUUCUUCCCGUGUUAAUGUCAUCAUCGGCGAGCUGACAGGCAGACCCGUUGAGGGAGCACUGGCGACAGACCACAUCCGUCAACCUAAUAUUUCCAUGGCUGUGGGGAUCAGCCGGGCUGCGAACACACAUUAA